AUGGUGACCUGUGGAACUCUGGUGAAAAUCUGGAGAGCAGCCGUCGUCAUAGCAGCACUGAGCUGUAGUGGGACAGGUGAGGGGAAGGGAGUUUGUGUUAGGGGGUUAGAGCUGGGUUGGGACAGGUGAGGGGAAGGGAGUUUGUGUUAGGGGGUUAGAGCUGGGUUGGGACAGGUGAGGGGAAGGGAGUUUGUGUUAGGGGGUUAGAGCUGGGUUGGGACAGGUGAGGGGAAGGGAGUUGGGUGUUAGGGGGUUAGAGCUGUAGUGGGACAGGUGAGGGGAAGGGAGUGGGUGUUAGGGGGUUAGAGUUGGGAUGUAAUAGGGUACAUGGUUUUUGAAGUGAUUGCCAGGUUAAGAUGAUUUGUUUGAAAAUAUCUUUACCCUUCCCCCUCCUCAGUAGAUGGAGAAAAAAUGGUGUCGUGCUGUAAGACAGUGUCCAAGAAAGAGGUGACCGAUCCAAUCACAGGCUACUGGACUCAGGACAAUAACGCUCCCUGUGUACGGGCCGUCAUGUAAGGAAAACAUAUUUUAUAUGUCUUUAUUUCAUUUAGGUUUAUCCAGUUCAGUCUCAUAUGUUGUCACAAGGUGCUUUACAGUAUGUGGUGGCCAUGUUGUGUCAAAGCCUCCAGACAUGUUGUGUCAAACCCAUUCAGUUUCAGUAUUAAACACUGUGUUUCUCCUGCAGCUUUGAGACGGGAAAGGUCUGUUCUGUAGUUUACCAUAGAGAACCCUGGGUACGACGGCAAGAUUCAACAGUUUGAGUAAGUUCAUACCACACAUCACAUACAGGGAAAGAACAAAAGAGAAAAGCAAACUGAUUGUAAUAUUUUCCAUUCCUAGAAAUGUCCCCCGGCAGGAGCUCAACAUUUCCCUUGGCUCUCCUCUUCGCAACCUCUCUCACCUCCACCCCCCACCCCUACCAGACACUCCUUACCCCUCACCAACCCCUCCUCUCCAACCCUAACCCCACCUCCACCUCCACCCUACCCACCCCUCGCCAACCUCUCUCCACACCUCACACCUCCACCACCCACUACCACUACCUCCGCCAACCCUCCAACCACUACAACUCCUUACCCUCCUCUCCACCCUCCACCACCAACCAUCCUCAACUCCUUCCUCCUCUCUCACUUCCACCCUUACCUCCUUAACCUCCUCUCCCUCCUCCUCUCAUCCCUCUCUGUCUUCCUCUCCUCCCUCUGUUUUCUCUUCUAUUUUCCCUGCUUCCCCCUCUUCUCCAUCCGUACCUUCCUCUCGCACCUCUCUCUCCUCCUCUCCUCUCCUAUCUCCUCUCCUCUCUUUUCCCUGUCUCUCCUCUCCUCCCUCUCCUCCUCCUCCCGUCAUCGGGAAUCGACCAAGAAUGACUCAACUCAGCAGUCAACAUCCAACCAAUAGAAUCACUGCCAAUGGCUGAAGCUCCGCUGACGUUCCACUUUUCCACUUGUAAAAAGCAGACUUCCAAUGUGCAUAUUACAUUCAUAUUGAAUAUCUUAUUCAUAUUGAUAUUGUUCAUAGUCUGAUUAACUAGUUAUCAUUUAAUUCAGUUGUCAUCAUCAUGUUCAAUGGGUUAUUAGAGUUAUUUAUGAAUUAUAUUUAAAACCAGUAUCAUAUGUGUUUAUUUAUUUAUUUAUUCAAGUACUUAUGGGGACUUUUAGUACCUUUUUGAUAUUUAGAUGAAUUGGUUUAUAGCUGUCAAUUAGUUAUCAAUGUUAUUUAAUAAAUGUAUUUAUUUAUUAAGUACUUAUACAUUUACUUUGUUUAUUUUUUUAUCAAUCAAUGUUAUUUUAAAGGUGCAAUAUGCAGAAAUCGCUCCGCCAUUUCCUGGUUGCUAAAAUUGAAAUAAUUUGCUUAAUUUCAGUUUAUGUGACAGAACAAGCAAUGUAUAGUGUAGAGAAUCAUUGUACCAUCUAAACCGCUGUGAAAUAUAUUUUCAAUAACCAAAAAGAUUGUAUUUUCAGAAGGUCUGAAUCUGGUAUACAAAACUCUCAAGUAAAAUACUCAAAAACGAAACUUAAGAAAAGGAAGCAUAGAAAUAGCGCUCAUAGAACAGAUUUACCGCUUUUAGACUUGCUUUCAAUGAGAAUGACAGAUCUAUAACUAAUUUUCUAUGUGAAUUUGGUCAGGUCAACCAUAAAGUUACAUAUUGCAGCUUUAAGAAAUGUUUCAUUUUCUGCUUAUUUAUUCAAUAAAGUUAGUUGUAAACAUCAGGAAAUCUAUGAAACUUGGCUGGAACUGAAAUAUAAAAUAAAAUGAUGGAAAUAUUAUUUUGGGUCGUCAGUCUGACUGUUUUGACAUCAUGGUGCAGACAGAAAAAGACAACAUGCAUUUGCAGAGUCAGCUGUUCACACCUUUUAGUGUGUGUGUGUAUGUGUGUGUGUAUGUGUGUGUAUGUGUGUGUGUAUGUGUGUGUAUGUGUGUGUGUAUGUGUGUGUGUGUGUGUAUGUGUGUGUCCUUUCUUGAUCCAUCUUUCUCAGAAAUACUGCUGCAGGGGUUGGGGUGGUGGUGGUUUGUCAAGUGAGGUAGGGGGUGAAAUGAAGAUGGAAAAGGAUAGAGAGAGAGAGGGGCGGCGGUGUAAAUAUAACGUUACCAAUACUGACCACAUCGUACCAUGACACAACAAGGUGGGAGUUUCGACUAAUACUAUUCAUGUAACCCACAGUCAGACACGAAACCCGACACUUCCACUGCCUUUUAGAAAGACUCAUCGCCACCGUUACCAGAACAGUCAGUACGACCUCCGACACGUCUCCGUAGUUUAGUGCCUUGCAGAGUCUCUACCUGUCUCUGUUGGUCUGUCGAACAGUCAGUACAUCAAUCUGUCUGUCCGUCCGUCCAUUCGUCCGUCAGCCAGUCAGUAAGUCACUCAGUCAGUCAGUAUGUCAGUGUUCCAGUCCAGGACCCUCUCUCUGGCCCUCCUGAUCACCAUGUGUGUGUACCUCACCUCUGUGUCUGCUACCUGUGAGUACUGAUUCACUGAUUUAUUGAUUGAUUAAUUGGUUGAUUGAUGUAGUGAAUGAUUAAAUACCACAUUACAUUGUAUACAUUCUAUAACUAUAUAUGAAUAUAUCAUAUCUAAAUUGUGCUAUAUACACACACAUUAAAAUGCAGAAACUGUUACAAUGUGGUUACAGUUUCCAUUGAGUUACUGUAAUUGACAGGCUUUCGACAGACCUCCUAUUACUCAGACCUCUCGGACCCAGAGUGGUCCACGAACCACAGUUCUCUAUACCUUUAAAAUACUGUUUAACAGUUUAGUUUUACAUGGGGGGGGGGGGAUUGUAAUAACUAACAGUUUGAAUAUAUUGCAUCUUCAGUAGAUUUUUAUGUACCUUUAAACAUGCAUGUACACGCACAGGCGCAGCUUGUUUGAUUUAUGUAGCUCAGUUGGUAGAGCAUGGCGUUUGCAACACCAGGGUUGUGGGUUCGAUAAAAUAAUGUAUGCGCUAACUGUAAGUCGCUCUGGAUAAGAGCGUCUGCUAAAUGACUAAAAUGUAAAUGUAAAUGAUUUCCUGGUUGCUAUUCUUUUACCUCUGACACCUCUGAGAUAGGCCAGGUCACAUGGUUUCCUGUCAGCGUCUCAUAACUAAAAACACACAAUGUUUAUGGUUAGUUUAGAGAUCAGAGGCUGCAUUUACACAGGCAGCCCAUUCUCAUCUUUUUCCCACUAAUUGGUCUUUUCACCAAUCACAUCAGAUCUCUUUCACAUCAGAUAUUUUCAGAGCUGAUCUGAUUGGUCAAAAUACCAAUUAGUAAAAAAAAUAGAUCAGAAUUGGGCUACCUGUCUAAAUCUUUUAUUUCUGUCUUUCUCUGUCACUUCCUUUCUCUGUCACUUCCUUUCUUCCCUUUCUCUAUCAGACCGUCGGCCAACUA